AUGGAAGUGACCUGCGAAUCAGGGUGGAAGUGCUCUGCGGAAUAUGAACCUGCUCGCUCGCGCACUCUGUUACUCCAGACGCCGCCGUUCCCCCUCAGAGCUCGGACUAUGGCAGCCACUGACGACGGAUUCGCGGGGGAGAUAGUUAUCAGCGGGAGAGAAGAAUUCGGCGACUCAUCCAACCUGCUCAGUGCGAUUCUAGCAAUGGUUCUGUGGCUGGGAGCUAUUCACUUCAACGUUGCCCUCAUCCUCUUCGCCCUCUUCUUCCUUCCUUUCACCAAAUUCCUCUUAUUUGAUGGUUCACGUGCCAGGGUUUUCGGUUUUCUCUUUGUGUUUUCGGUGCUUCCUAUCGAUGAGAAGAGCAGAUUUGGCCGAAGAUUGUCGAGGUAG